ACUAGCUAGGUUCUCAGGGCUGUUCAGCUCGCAAUACCUAUCUCCUUAGUAUCCACUGUGUAUGUAUAACGAGUCAACAGCAUUCAUUCCAUGAUUCUUAGGUCGAUGCCUACCGUACUAGGUACUAGGUUCCUAGGUAUGCGUUGAGUUCACUCAUACACUACUAGAUCAAGCAUUCCGGUAGGUAAACACGCAGACGCCCCAAGGACCAUCCAGUAUUGAGUACCUAGGGUAUAUCGUGACGUGGAUGGUAUUGCAACCCAAGAUUUUGUUCUAUCUAUCUUGUGCCUCGGUUUCUGCUGCAUAGUACAUGUUAUCAAGGUCUAGAUCAAUCUUGGACUUAGUACCUAACCUUGAUUCGACGGUGCCUCUCAACCUUUUCGGCAAGCAUAAACGCGGUCCGGACACAAUCCAAGUUGAUCAAUUGACUCGUUUCUUAGUCUCGAGCGCUCUGGAUGCCCAAGCUAUUAAUUAUGACCUCCCAUCAUACGGUCGUUGUACCUUAGUAAGGACCUCAUAAGGUCCGCCAAAACACCGACUAUGGACUUAUAAAUCCAGCAUCCAGCAUCCCAAACUAUCCUCGAUCUCUAAUACUUGGCUUCUAUCAGCACUGUCCAAGUCGAUAUGCGUCUCUUGGUCGCCAUCUUAUUGCUCCCAACCAUAGCAGGGCAGGGGCUGGUGAUUCCAGAGGUGAAAAGGGCCGUGAGCGCUCAACUAAAUGAGUUCAUCAAGUAUAUGAAUGAACAUAGUUCAACGACCACCAAUAGUAUUCCAUCGGUCCCCCUGAACCCAGAGCAGAAGAAGGUAGAAGAGCGACAGGUUGCUGGGAGUUACUGGUAUGAGAGCAUCGCACAUCAAGGCAUAUCAGCCUUCAACAUUAACCGGGCAACUUACAAGGUCUAUCGCAACGUGAAGGAUUAUGGCGCCAAAGGAGAUGGGAAAACUGACGAUACAGCUGCCAUCAACAAGGCAAUUAGUGAUGGCAACAGAUGUGCACCGGGGGGCUGCUUAUCAUCUAGCACGACGAACGCUGUCGUCUACUUCCCUACUGGAACCUAUCUAGUCUCUUCGUCAAUUAUUAGCUACUAUGCAACCACUUUAAUUGGUAACCCUAAUAGCAUGCCUAUCCUCAAAGCGACAUCUGGCUUCACUGGUCUCGGAAUCAUAGAUGGUGCUCAAUACCAAGCCGGCGGUUCCCUGCCGUAUGGAUCGACGAACAUAUUUUGGCGCCAGGUCAGAAAUAUUGUCAUUGACACUACCGCCAUUCCUGCCUCAACCGAAGCCACCGGGAUCCAUUGGCCAACGGCUCAAGCUACGAGUUUACAGAACCUCGUAUUCAAAAUGUCAAGUAAUGCCGGCACCAAACACCAAGGUAUAUUCAUCGAGUCUGGAUCUGGUGGUAUCUUAAAUGAUCUUGUUUUCUACGGUGGUUUAUAUGGAGCCGUGUUCGGAAACCAACAGUUUACCGUUCGAAAUCUCACAUUCAACAACGCGGCCACUGCCAUCUAUCAGCUUUGGGACUGGGGGUGGACUUACAAGAGUAUUUCAGUAAACAAUUGUACUGUUGGCCUGGAUAUGGCCACCCGUGAUGCAAGUAGUGAAACAGUUGGAUCGGUCACCUUCUUUGAUAGCUCCUUCACAAACACAAAGAUCGCGUUCAAUAUUUCGCGAAAUGCGAAAUCACAGCCGGCAACUGGAGGUAGUCUUGCUAUUGAGAAUGUAUCUCUGAAGAACGUACCAACCGCAAUUCAAUAUGGUCCAACUAAAAGUGUUCUCCUUGUCGGUACCACGGGCUCGACGACUAUUACUAGCUGGGUGAGCGGUAAUGUUUAUAACACCGCCGGACUGAAGACUACAUCUAGUGCAAUCACUCCACCCACCCGCCCAGCUGCUUUAGUGGCGAACGGCAAAUUUUAUGAGCGGUCAAAACCAUCUUAUAGCAACUUAGCCGCGUCGUCAUUUGCUUCCGUCAGAACCGGUGGCGCAAAAGGAGAUGGCACAACCGAUGAUACCGCGGCUUUACAGAAGGUUAUCACCGCAGCUGCCGCAGCCGGACUUGUGGUUUACUUUGAUGCCGGGACAUAUAAAGUAACAAAGACCUUGCUCAUACCGGCGGGCAGCAAAAUUGUCGGAGAGGGAUACCCCGUCAUCAUGUCUAGUGGGUCCUUUUUCACCAACAUAAAUUUGCCACAGGUCGUAGUGCAGAUUGGCAAUGCUGGAGACUCGGGUACUGUGGAAUGGAGCGACAUGAUUGUGUCAACACAGGGUGCUCAAGCCGGUGCCAUCCUCAUCAGAUGGAACCUUGCGUCCCCAGCAGGCUCACCCAGUGGUAUGUGGGAUGUCCAUACCCGCAUCGGAGGUACCACAGGGUCUAAUCUAUCCCUUGCCAACUGCCCAUCAACUCCAUCAUCCACGAGUAUCAACAGUAACUGCAUCUCAGGGUACAUGUCCAUGCACGUGUCAAAGUCAGCCGCCCGCCUAUACAUGGAAAAUGUGUGGUUGUGGGUGGCAGACCACGACGUAGACGACAAGUCCUUGACACAGAUCAAAGUUUAUGCCGGUCGGGGACUUUUAGUCGAGUCAACAGUCGGUACUCUAUGGCUUGUUGGUACCAGUAUCGAACAUCACGUUCGAUACCAAUACCAAUUCAGCAAAACGCAGAAUAUCUUCGCCGGCCAAAUCCAAACUGAGACACCCUACCACCAACCAAACCCUGGUGCGCGUCAGCCUUUCCCGUUAAAUACUACCAUAGACGACCCAAACUUCGACAUCCCGUGCCCGCAAGGUUCGUCGCCAAGUACCUGUUCCGAAGCCUGGGGACUCAGACUUAGCGGGAGCCAGAACGUUCUUAUAUACGGAGCUGGGUUAUACUCAUUCUUCAACAAUUUCAGCACAGCCUGUUCUGCCAAGGGAGCGAGCUCGCUGUGUCAGACAGGCAUCGUGCAGUAUGAUGCGGCCAGCACCAAAAACUUUUGGAUCUAUGGACUGAACACGGUAGGUGCGUACGGCAUGGUCUACCGAGACACAACGAAGCUUGUAGACUAUUCGCAGAAUGUCAACGUAUUCCCGAGCUCGAUCAUCGUGUUCAGCAGUAGUACAUAGUAAUAUAUGUGCUGCAUAUAAUGUAAAGUGUUUGACGCUUACCUAGCAUCGCCUACCAAUUUGAAACAAUAUAUUACACAUGUCAUGUCUCAUUCCAUCCUCUUGAUUCUCACUUCACUCAUA